AUGCAAGGUAGUGCCAGAGCCAGCAGCUCCAGUGAAGAUUUCGAAUGGUGGAUUGCGCAUAAGAGGGUUCCAUCUACAGUUGUAACCAGUCCCCCUCUCUCAAGUAGAAACCCUCCCUCCAAUGUUACCACGGGUUUUCUAAAGGGUACGUCACCCAACACCAGAGAUUUCAGCCUCUUUAUUCAUAACAUCACUUUCGAUACUUCUAGCGAAGAUCUAUUUCGGAUUUUCAGUAAAUACGAAAAGGUGCUCGAUGCAUAUAUCCCCUUCUUCCCUUAUUCCUUGACACCUAGGGGUUAUGGUUUCGUCAGAUUUCGGUAUGAACAGGAAGUGAAAAAUGCCAGGGAGGUUUUCAAUGGCAGAAGGAUUGAUGGCAGAAUAGUAGAGGUGAGAUGGGCUAAAAAGAAGGAGCCACCCGAUAGAUCUACAAAAACCAACCACUGCUAUGGGCAAGGGCAACAGCAUCAUCCCUCAAACCCUCCUGAAGGAAGAGACAGAAACCUCUCCAGCCCCUCAACACCUCUUUUUCGGAAGUUCUGA